UUUUUUUUUUUAUGUGAAGGGGCGAGAAAUUCACGAUCAUGAAUUCAUGAUUGUGAUCAAGAACCGGAUCGUAUUGGUUCUUUGAAGAAUCGCUAUCUGGGUAGGCGGGCUUUUGCAAAAUCACCACCUACCCUUUGUCACGGAUUCAUUGACUACGUGGCGCGAAUUUCUUGGAGAAGAAGAUCUUGACUGAGAUGUUAUUAUUGUUGUUGUUCUUCUUUGUCUUUUCAAGGUAACAUUGUUUCUCAGUUAGGAUUGUAUCAAAAUGAAAAUAAAAUUCUUGUGUUUUUUAUAGGAAAAAUAUAUGUACAAAUAUAUUUAGAUUCGCGUUGUUGGGAUAUUGGUUUCUUUUCUCUUUUUCCCCCCUUAAAUUCAUUGAAUAUAGCUGCAGAAGACAGGAGGUUCCGGGCUUGUUUAUUGAAACAAGCAUGUUUUUAUAAGGUUUUUUUGGGUGUUUUCAAUUUAGUGUUUUCACUUUGGGCCGUGCAUAAUUUAUUUAGGGACGUUGAACUUUAGUUUUUGGAUUAGGGGGCAUAUAAAGGUAUAGGAUUGACUUAUAAUUGAGGUCUAUUAGAGCAGGCAGUGAUUUCCAAGAAGAUUUAAUAUUUGGAUUGACAUAAAAGUAGGAGAUGCUAGUGCUGUUAAUUUUGGAGUUUUCGAAUUGGGGUAUGUUAACAAUAACAGCAUAGCUUUCUUGUCGUUUCUUCGAGGAUUUUGUUUCUUGAUUGAAGCUAAAAAUUUUUAGGAUAAGGUUUCUUGACGGUGGCAAAUGAGUUUAGCAUGAUGAACGGGGCUGUAAGGGUUGUUUGUAGAUGGAUUCUUCUGACAAGACAUUCACGGAGCUAGUUGGCAUAUUCAAAUCUUGGAUCCCUUGGCGAUCUGAGCCACCUAAUGUGUCAAGGGAUUUUUGGAUGCCUGAUCAAAGUUGUAGGGUAUGCUAUGAAUGUGAUUCCCAGUUCACAAUAAUAAACCGUAGACACCAUUGUCGACUUUGUGGCCGUGUUUUCUGUGCCAAGUGUACAACCAACUCAGUUCCUGCCCUAUCUAGCGAUCCAAGGAUUGCACGGGAAGACGGGGAGAAAAUUCGAGUAUGUAAUUAUUGUUUCAAACAAUGGCAGCAAGGAAUAGCUACUUUUGAUAAUGGAAUCCAGGUUCCCAGCCUGGAUCUUAGUAGGUCACCAUCAGCGGCAAGUUUGGCCAGCUCUAAGUCUAGUGGUACUGCUAACAGUAGUAGCUUCACUCUUGGCUCAAUGCCAUAUUCAGUUGGGCCCUAUCAACGAGCUCAACAAAGUGCAGGUCCUGGCCCACAUCAAAUGUCUGAAAUGGAAGCAAAUUCGGAUAAACAAAGGGAAAUAGCAUCAGGAAGGAGCAACAACCUUGUUACAGACAUCGGCUAUCAAUCUCCAAACCAAUAUGCUUUUUCUAUGAACAGGAGUGAUGAUGAUGAUGAUGACUAUGGUGUGUUUCAGUCUGAUUCUGAAACAAGGCAUUUUCCCCAAGUCAGUGAAUAUUUUCACCAAGUUGAGUUUGAUGAUAUGAGCAUUGAUGAAGAAUCACAUAAAGCUUGUGUUGAUAGAGAAAAUAUUAACUCAAAAAGUUUAAGCAGCUCUCUGUUAAACCAUAGUUUUGGUUCACAUGGUUUGGAAGGAAGGUCUCAGCCUGUCAGAAAAGAUGAGCAUGAUAUAGAUGAUGAAGGUGAGCCAGCUUCCUCUAUUUAUCCUGGGGAAAACAGUGAUGCUCAACCUGUGGAUUUUGAGGACAAUAUCGUGCUCUGGGUUCCACCUGAACCAGAGGAUGAAGAAGAUGAGAGGGAAGCUGGUUUGUUUGAUGAUGACGAUGACUUCGAUGAUGAUCAUGCAGCUGGAGAGUGGGGACAUUUACGCACCUCUAGCAGUUUUGGAAGUGGAGAAUUUCGUAAUAGAGAUAAAUCAAGUGAGGAUAACAAGAAGGCCAUGAAGAAUGUGGUUGACGGGCAUUUUAGGGCUUUGGUAUCUCAGCUCUUGCAGGUUGAGAAUAUUCCUGUGGGUGAUGAGGAUGACAAAGAGAGCUGGUUGGAAAUCAUUACAUCUCUGUCAUGGGAAGCUGCUACAUUAUUAAAGCCAGAUAUGAGCAAAGGUGGAGGCAUGGAUCCUGGUGGAUAUGUAAAAGUGAAAUGCAUUGCUUCUGGACGCCGCUGUGAGAGUAUGGUGGUCAAAGGAGUUGUCUGUAAGAAAAAUGUGGCUCAUCGCCGGAUGACCUCAAAAAUAGAAAAACCUAGAUUGUUGAUCCUUGGUGGGGCUCUUGAGUACCAGCGGGUUUCUAAUCACUUGUCAAGUUUUGAUACUCUAUUACAGCAGGAAAUGGACCAUCUAAAGAUGGCAGUGGCAAGGAUAGACACACACCAACCUGAUAUUCUUUUAGUAGAGAAAUCAGUUUCACGAUUUGCACAGGAGUAUCUUCUUGCUAAAGACAUAUCUCUUGUUCUCAAUAUCAAGAGGCCGCUUUUAGAGCGGAUAGCUCGUUGUACUGGUGCUCAAAUUGUUCCUUCAAUCGAUCAACUCUCCUCGCCGAAGUUGGGCUAUUGUGAUAUGUUUCAUGUGGAGAGAUUUUUGGAAGAUCUUGGUACAGCUGGACAGGGUGGGAAAAAAUUGGUGAAGACAUUAAUGUAUUUUGAGGGCUGCCCAAAGCCAUUGGGUUUUACUAUUUUACUUAGAGGUGCUAAUGGGGAUGAGUUGAAGAAAGUGAAACAUGUGGUUCAAUAUGGACUUUUUGCAGCAUAUCACUUGGCUUUGGAAACAUCUUUUCUUGCUGAUGAAGGAGCAUCUCUACCAGAACUUCCAUUUAACUCUCCAAUUACAGUGGCACUCCCAGAUAAACCUUCAAGCAUUGAGAGAUCUAUAUCAACUGUACCUGGUUUCACUGUUCCUGCCAAUGAAAAGUCUCAGAGACUAGAAACUAAAAAUGAACAACAAAGAUCCAGCAGUGUCCCUAUGACAUUUCAUGACUCAACUAUCAUUGGUUCUUUUGUUAAUCAUGUUGAAGCACAACCGCUACCUGAUGGUCCCAGAUCUCAUUCCCCAGCACCCAGUUCCUCGUUCAUUACUCCAUCUGCAUUUCUGUCUAAUGUUCCUUCUACAGUGAAAGUUGUUUCAGAUUCUUACCGUCCUUUUGAGCAGAAAAAUAAAAUGGGAUAUGAAGGUUCUCUGGUAGCAGAAAUAUCUGCAGUUAACAAGGUGGCUGCCACAUGUGACCAUCUUACUGUUAAUGGAUUUGAGCAGUCGGAAGGUAUUAUGGAAAAACAUUACCACAAUGAUAUUAGUGAAAUGGUUCCCACUCAGUUGCACACUUCAGAGGUAUCUUCUGUACAACAAGCCAAUAAAAAUUAUUUUGAGGAGCAGGGACAUUUAAAAGAAGAAUUUCCUCCAUCACCUUCAGAUCAUCAGAGCAUUUUGGUGUCCUUAUCUUCCCGGUGUGUGUGGAAGGGGACUGUCUGUGAAAGGUCUCAUCUUUUUCGAAUUAAAUACUAUGGCAGCUUUGACAAACCUUUGGGUCGGUUUUUGCGAGACCAUUUGUUUGAUCAAAGUUACACUUGCCGCUCUUGUGAGAUGCCAUCAGAAGCGCAUGUUCAUUGUUACACUCAUCGGCAGGGCACCCUCACUAUAUCUGUUCAGAAGUUAACAAAAAUACUCUUACCAGGUGAGAAGGAUGGAAAGAUCUGGAUGUGGCACAGAUGCCUAAAGUGUCCCAGGACCAAUGGCUUUCCUCCUGCUACACGGAGGGUAGUAAUGUCUGAUGCUGCUUGGGGUUUAUCUUUUGGGAAGUUUCUAGAGCUCAGUUUUUCAAACCAUGCAGCUGCAAGCAGGGUGGCGAGCUGUGGUCACUCUCUGCAUAGGGAUUGUCUUCGUUUCUAUGGAUUUGGGAGUAUGGUUGCUUGCUUUCGGUAUGCAUCAAUUAAUGUUCUCUCCGUGUACCUUCCGCCCCCAAAACUUGAUUUCAACUUUGAGAGUCAGGAAUGGGUACAGAAAGAAACAGAUGAGGUUGUUGACCGAGCACAGCUAUUGUUUUCUGAAGUACUGAAGGCUUUGAAUGGAAUAGCAGAGAAAAGAACUUGUUCAGCAUCACCCAACAAUGGCAUGAAACUACUGGAAUCAAGAAGGCAAAUUGGUGAGCUUGAAGCACAGUUGGAAAAGAUGAAGUUAGAAUUUGAGGAGUCACUCCAAAAAGCUUUGAAUAGAGAAGUGAAAAAGGGUCAGCCUGUUAUUGACAUUCUUGAGAUUAAUAAAUUGCGGAGGCAGUUGCUUCUCAUAGCUCUAGUGUGGAACCACAACCUUCAUGCGGCCAAUUCAGAUGACAACAGUCUUCAGGAUGAUGCGAAUUGCUCUGAUUCAGGACGUGAGGAAAAACCCCCAGCUAAUACUGAGCAGCUCAAUGAGAUGAAUGUGGAUGACAAGCCAGGAAAAGGUUUUAGCAGUUCUAACUCUCUCCCUGAAGAUACAAAGCUUCUUAAAAUCCCAGAUCAGCAAGGGGGAUUUGACAGCAAUCCUACUAACCAGUCUGGCAUAACCCAGCUCGAAAUAGAUGUUAGUCAAGAUUUCAAUCACACAAAAGAAAACCAUGCUGAUCUUUCUACUGCCAUAGCCAUCAGUGAUCAACCUGAGAGUCUGGAAUGCAGUGGAAAUGUUUGCAGGACCAUGUCUGAAGGACAGGCUCCUACCAUGUCAAAUUUGUCUGAUACCCUUGACGCUGCAUGGACAGGUGAGAAUCACCCAGGAACUGGACUAUUAAAGGAUGGUACUAGUGUGUUAUCUGAUUCAGCUGCAGGAGAUUCAUCAACUACAUCUACUGCACUGGAGGGUUUAGAUUUUUGUAAUCGAGUGGAAGACCCAAAUGGAACCAAAGUUAGUUAUUCACCUCUACCUGCAUUGUCCAUCAAGGGUUCUGAGAAUAUGGAAGAAUCGGGUAGCUACUUAAGAAUUCCCUUCUUAAACCUCUACCGUUCAUUGAACAAGAAUUUUUUACCGACUUCAGAGAAACUUGAUACAAUGGGUGAGUAUACUCCAGUUUAUGUUUCUUUGUUCAGGGAGUUAGAACUCCAGGGUGGGGCCAGGCUCCUUGAUCCUUUGAGUAAAAAUGAUUGUGUCAUCCCUGUGUAUGAUGAUGAGCCUACAAGCAUUAUAUCUUAUGCGCUAGCAUCACCCGAGUAUCAAGGGAAAUUGACUGAUGAGGGUGAAAGAAUGAAAGAUGGUGGGGAUUUCAAUUCUUCCUUAAAUUUAUCUGAUUCUAUUGCUUCUCAAUCAUUCUUAUCUGUUGAUGACGUCACAAUUGAUUCUCAUAGAAGCCUUGGAUCUCUAGAAGAGAGUAUUUUAUCUAUUUCUGGAUCUCGUAGCUCUUUGAUUUUAGACCCUCUCUCUUAUGCAAAAACUUUGCAUGCCAGAGUUUCGUUUGCAGAUGAACAUGGUAAGGUGAAAUAUUCUGUAACUUGUUAUUUUGCGAAGCGGUUUGAAGCCUUAAGGAGGAUAUGUUGCCCAUCCGAGCUUGAUUUUAUAAGGUCUCUCAGUCGUUGUAGAAAGUGGGGAGCUCAAGGUGGCAAGAGCAAUGUCUUCUUUGCAAAAACCUUGGAUGAUCGGUUUAUUAUCAAACAAGUCACAAAGACAGAAUUGGAGUCAUUUAUAAAAUUUGCUCCUGAAUAUUUCAAGUAUCUCUCUGAAUCAAUUAGCUCAAGAAGUCCAACAUGCCUGGCAAAGAUUUUGGGGAUUUAUCAGGUUACGUCAAAGCAUCUGAAAGGUGGGAAAGAAUCAAAAAUGGAUGUUCUGGUUAUGGAGAACCUUUUGUUUGGGAGAAACGUGACUCGCCUUUAUGAUCUUAAAGGAUCUUCCCGGUCACGGUAUAAUCCUGAUUCCAGUGGCAGCAAUAAAGUUCUGUUAGAUCAGAACUUGAUUGAAGCGAUGCCAACUUCUCCUAUUUUUGUUGGAAACAAGGCAAAGAGAUUGCUGGAGAGAGCUGUCUGGAAUGAUACUUCUUUUCUUGCAUCAAUUGAUGUAAUGGACUACUCUUUAUUGGUUGGGGUGGAUGAAGAGAAGCAUGAAUUAGUUCUUGGAAUCAUUGAUUUCAUGAGGCAAUAUACAUGGGACAAGCACCUGGAGACAUGGGUGAAGGCUUCAGGUAUACUUGGGGGACCAAAGAAUGCAUCUCCAACUGUUAUUUCUCCUAAGCAAUACAAGAAAAGGUUCAGGAAAGCAAUGACUACAUAUUUUCUAAUGGUCCCAGAUCAAUGGUCACCUCCUGCUAUAAUUCCAAGUAAAUCCCAGUCUGAUUUGAACGAAGAUGAAACACAAGUUGGGACUUCAGUUGAAUGAUACUGGGAGUUUGUGUGCUUCUUGUACAUUCAAAUAUGCACAUCGGGAUGGUCAUCCCGCUUCAUUUUUCCCAUGUUUAUAUAUAUUUUUUCUUUCUUAUAUUUUGAUUCUUUUUUAUAGGAGUUACAUUGUAUGUUUAGUUGAAGAAAAGCUCAUAAUUAUUUGUUAGGAAAAGCAGAAGAAGGCUACUAAAGCCGCGGAGUUUCUGGAAGAGGUAUUUAAUUGGAUGACCUCUCCAUGAAAUCUCUGCAGAAUGUAUUUACUCACCUAUUUACAGUUGCAAUUUCUGUAUCUCAAGGGAAUAUUAUAUAUUUUGCAUUUUAGCAUCUAGAUUUCGAUAUUCAUUUCCAAUGUUAUAUUUGGUUUUCGUUU